AUGAUACGAGCCAGACAUAAAGAUCUUGCCCGAUAUGUGACAGCAAAUCUUUUUCGUUUGUCGUUUACCCGCCAGAGAGACAGAGAACUCACGAAUCGAGUCAUCAAUGAGCUCCUUCUUCUGUGGUCAGAUCAGAGUUUCCAAUUAGUCAAAACACAUCUGGAUGUACUGACAGGUACAGUGCCCCCAAGCACGUUCCUUUGUCAACCGGCUUCCUCUCUCUCUACAUUAGAGACUCGUGGCCUGGUUGUGGCGGCAUCUACAAACAACCAGACCACUGUCACAGCCUUCUUGAACCAUGGCGUGGAUGUCAACACCACCAACAGCCUCGGCAACGCACCUCUUGCUUGGGCUGCUGAAGCAGGGUAUGAGGCCCUUGUUGACAUGUUGCUGAGCAAUAAUCAAAUAGCUGUUAACCGUCGAAAUCACGCCGGCCACACCGCCCUUUCACUCACCGCAAGCCGAGGGCAUGUCACAACUGUUGAGAAAUUUCAAUUGCACGGUGCAAACCGCAACUUGAAUGGUGCCCUUGAGCAUGCCGCAAAAGGUGGACAUACCGUAGUGGUGAAGUUGUUGUUGACCAGUAAACUCCAUGGUCUGAACUUGAGGGUCGGGCGCUCGGGAUCUUUAUGGCAUGAGAGCCUUUCGACUUAUGACCCAUACGCCAAUCUUGUAUCGGUCGCUGUUGAAGGGGGACAUGUGCAGCUUGUCAGUUUUCUGCUCGCACAGGACGAUAUAGACAAGGCUGUCAAGUCUCCCCAAUAUGGCCAAGACAUGGACAUGUUGACCUACGCGAUUCAAAGGCGCCAUGACGAAGUCGCCGAACUGCUAUUCAGGCAGGCCGAGAUGGGUUUAUUAGACCCGAUAGCCUCCCAAAACGCUGUGCGGGACCUUCUGCUUCGGGCUGCCAAGGCUGGAUGCGCGAGAGUUCUUCGAUUGCUCCUGUCAAAAUAUCUUGCCGACCCAAAUCAUGAGCCUAUUAGCUUUUCCGAACUUUUGGCUAGUAGUGAUGCAUCAGCCACAUGCCUGUUGAUGCAGAUCGAAGGCGUAGACCCGAACUACACGGACGAAGAGGGCUGGACAGCACUAAUUGUUGCAGCAAUGGUUGAAAACGAGAAGGCUGUGGAUAUUCUCCUAGAAGACCCGACACUGGAUCCCAAUCAUCGAGACCAAACAGGGCGGACAGCACUGGCCUGGGUGGCACUGAGAAGCCAUCGAUCGAUACUGGCAAGGCUGCUCGCGAUGGAGAGCAUUGAUGCUGACAUCGUGGAUGUCAAUGGGAAAACGCCUCUCCUAGAAUUAUGCACCUGCCUUGACAAUUGGAAUAGCGGAGCAGAAAGCGAAGCAGUUAUUCGUCAGCUCCUUGCUUCUGGUCGAGUCAACAUUAACGCAAGGGACAGCGAAGGGAGAACGGCUGUAAUGAUGGUGGGGAAAAGUGCCACUGAAGCCCUUUUCCAGCUGUUUCUUUCUCAGCCAGGUAUAGAACUUGAAGCGGAAGACGAGAACAGGGCAAAUGUGUUGCUACACGCCGGCAUUGGGGAAAACUGGAGGGUGGUGGAAAUAUUGCUGGAGCUGGGCCGGCUUGACUUGAACUGCAAAAUAUCGGAUGAAGCGCCUCACGAAUUACGUCUCCACGGGCAAACAAUCUUUAGCAUGGCGAUAGCACACGGGCCGGAAGGUGUCAGGGAGAGGCUCUUCAUGGAAAAUGACAUCGAUGUCAACACCCAAGACAGAAGUGGUAACACGUUGCUGAAGCUGGCAACGGAAUAUGGGCAUGCGAGCAUUGUUGACAGGAUCCUUGGCAUUGAGGGGGUGAAUCCCAAUAUCACUGCUCAUGCUGGAGAAACAGCCCUCAUGGCCGCCAUCAAUGGCCUGUCCGAAGAAAUGGCAGACACCUUGUUGAAACACAAGUCGAUUGACCCAGAGAAACGCAAUCCUCACGGACGGACGCCGCUUUCUUUGGCAGCGGAGCGAGGUUUGCUACAAACCGCCAGGCGGCUUCUCAGCUUUGACCAAGUCAACCCUGAUUCCAGAGAUAACGACGGUCGAAGCCCGCUGUCCUGGACUAUCUCGCCAUCUUGGAACCUAAGGCCUCAAGACACGGCGGCUAGUCAAAAAAAGGUGGCGCAAGAAUUGCUCGAAACUGGCCAGGCCGAUCUCAAUGCCGAGGAUACCGAAGGAUAUACUCUGGUGGAACGAGCAAUUGAUGAUUCUCGUGGGGAUGAUAUUCUGGAAUUGCUUCUGGCCAGAGAAGACGUCAACCUCGAUCGCGCGGACAAGCAGGGUCGGGACUUUCUCAAGAUGGUUCUGGAUCGAAGAGAGCCUGUUCUGUCACGGAAGAUCUGUGAAAUACUUGGUGUUUGCUAUGAGGAUCUUGAAAUUCUCGACAAUCCUCCUGUCACACACGCGUCAGAAGACACCUCGAGCGAAGACGAGGACCGAGUGGUAAUGGCAAUGAAGUGGGGCAGGGGUCUGACUGGCUGUCGACUGGAGCUGGGAGUACAGCGCGAAGCUGACUAUGAUGGCGACCGCGUGGAGGAAUGGAGUCUCUGCAAGAGAUGCGAUACCAUCAACCUCGAUGAGGCCUUUUCUCGACGAUCGAGCUCAUACUGGGGCAAUCUAAUCGCGAAGUUUGACGAGCUGCCAUCAGAGAAAAGUCAGCAGUCAUGUGGACUCUGCAGACUGAUAGCCAGCGUGCACCCGACCCCCUCUGCGGAUUCCAAUAUGGCAGAAGAGCAGGACCAGUUCGAACUACGAGCGUUUUCUGGCCUCCUCAUUUGGCUGUGCGAAGGCUCGGAACACUUUUACUCGAAUUUGCCAGAAAACUUGAUCGACACCCUGUUCCUUGCAGUUGUCACCAGCAGCGGCAUGAAAUCUGAUGGUUACCCCGAUCAGCAAAACCUGAGCGACAUCAACGGCUCAGAAACCUUUGAGCCCGUGAUAUGUUCGGGUUUUAUAGCCCGCGUUGGCUCAAACUGGUUCUAUAGAGGGCGGGCUCUCUCAGUCAAACACGUGCCAUUUAAUGAGGUGGAUUUCGGGCAGAUCAAGAGCUGGAUCGCAGAUUGCACUGGGAACCAUUCAGACGCUGUCUGCAACCCAACGCUGGUUCGUGAAAUCCCACACUUUCGGCUUAUUCACUGCGCGACGAGGGAAAUCGUCCAUAUAGAUACAGCGCCGCCGCCACACACCGCCUUGAGUUACGUCUGGGGUGCCGUCCAAGAUGGUCCGCAGAACCAUCAUAGUCUUGCCGGCCUCAAAAUAGAAACAGUCGUCGAGGAUGCGAUCAAGGUUACUCUCGCUCUAGGCUACGAGUAUCUCUGGGUAGAUCGAUAUUGCGUUGACCAGACGCCCGGAUCGGUCAAAGACGAGCAGCUACGGCACAUGAACUUUGUAUACCAUGGUGCGGAGGUCACCAUCAUCGAUGCAGCAGGAGAAGAGUCAUUCUUUGGCCUACCGGGUGUGAGCCAACGAUUUCGAAAACGGCCGCUGGCGAUAAAAGUGCAGGGACACAUCCUGACUACCAUCCCUCCUGAGCCGAGCCGUGAAAUAAAGUCGUCUAAGUGGGCCACUCGGGGUGGACCUACCAGGAGGGAUUACUUUCUCGGCGCCCACGAGGUGUCAUUUGAGUGCGGUGGCAUACUUGCCAGAGAGGCCAUCACCAUGCCCCCUAUACUAAGCAAGUUCUUAACUCGGCUACGCAACACUCGAAACAAUAGGGAUCGCCUCCAGCCCAGCUCAUGGCUCUUCCCCUUGGGUGGUGUCACCAACAUGGAGGAAGACGACUUGGGGGGGCAUCAACGACUAUCGGAGUACGCACCACGGCAACUGACGUAUGAGCUCGAUGCUUUGAAUGCGAUGCUGGGGGUUCUUCAGUUGUAUUUGUCGUUGCCGCAACCGGCUUAUCACCUCUGUGGCAUUCUUAUUGUUCCACAGACGCAUAAAUAUGACUGGUCUCCGGGUGGCCCGUCUGUGUACGUGGAUGUUGACCCUAAUACUGUGGCGGCGAAUCUGGCGGGGUUUGUUUAUGGUUUGCUGUGGACUUGUCGUCAGCCGGGGACACGACGGGGAGGAUUCCCUAGCUGGUCGUGGACUGGGUGGACGGGCACGGCAAAGUUUGAAGGGCCACGGCGUCAGUGGGAUAGUUUGGUUGAUGUGUCGAUUGUGGAAGAGGGGAAGAAAGGGCUGCUUUCGUGGGGGUGUUAUUUUGGUCUUGGUGAUUGGGAGAAGAGGUAUCGGUUUGGGCAUCAUCAUGUUGUGGAAGUGGAAGGUUAUGUGGGGUAUGUCACUUUGCGGGAGGAUACGCGGUAUAAAUGGUUGGAUGGGUUUAUUGCUACUAUGGAGGUUGGUGAUGAGUGGACGGAUGGGGGUUUUGUUUUGACCAAGAGAUGUGAUGAUGAGGGGGGUGAAGGGGAGAUUUGUAAGAGGUUGCUGAAGGAGACGUGGAUGGCGGUGGUGAUGACGAGCAAUCAUGUUUUGGUUGUUGAGCAACAGGUGAGUGGGCUCUGGGAGAGGAUGGGGGUUGCGGAGAUGUGGGUAGGUCGUUGGAGUGGGCCUCAACCGGAUGGUGGGGAGGGCUUAGAGAGGAGGAGGUUGUUGCUUGGGUAG